UAGAAUUGUAGACUAUUCAUCAUGUAUUGAAGUCAGGAUAAAGCUUUUUUUAGUGCCUACUAUGUUGUGAGAAUGUCUCACGCAUGUGUGGACUGUAAUGCAGUAUAGAUCAAAAGGUCUGAACCGCAAUGCCAUUUUCCUUCUCUCCAUUGCUUUAGCCUUAGAGUCUUUAGCGGACUGCAACCAGCGGACUACAAUCAACCCGAGUAUAAGCUGGGUCUUCAGUAAAGAAGUUUUGAAAGUGUCUAUAAUCUUUGAUAUCUCGAUUUUGAGGAAAAUUAAUUAAUACUUUCGCCUGUCGGGUAGGUCCCCGGUACAAAUCGCAAUCCUUUGAUAUAACAUUAAGAAGAAC